AGGGCCAUGUGGCUGCCCUCAGCUCUGCUGCUUCUCUGCCUCCCAGGCUGUUUGUCUCUGACGGGCCCCAGUUCUGUGACCGGCACCACGGGGCACUCUCUGAGCGUGCAUUGUGCAUAUGAGGAGAUAUACAGGGGGUAUAACAAAUACUGGUGCCGAGGCCAGUAUGACACAUCAUGUGACACAAUCGUGGAGACCAAAGGAGAAGGGAAGGAAGAGAGGAGUGGCCGUGUGACCAUCAGAGACUAUGCUGGUGACCUCACCUUCACAGUGACCAUGGAGAACCUCAAUGCAGAUGAUGCUGGGUCUUACUGGUGCAAAAUUCAGACAUCAUGGAUCCUGGAUGCAUGGUCACGUGACCCCGCAGUCCAGGUCAGGGUGUCUGUUUCCCCAGCACGAGCUACCACCAAGCAGAAGAUCAUACAUCCAGUCGCACCCACUACCUUUCUGGAGGUAAAUGCUGGACAGAACCACCACCCAAGGUCCCUGCUCGGCAGCGUCCACUUCUGGCUCCUGGUCUUCCUGAAGCUGCCCCUGCUCCUGAGCAUGCUCAGUGCUGUCCUCUGGGUGAACCGGCCUCAGAGGACCCCUGGGGGAAACAGAGUUGGCCUGCCCCGGAGGACCCGUCGGGUCCCAAGGCCCCUGCCCUCAUGGCCACCUCCCAAGGGCAAGAACUCUCUGGAAGCCUGGUUCAUCUUUGUUCCCCUGGGCACAGAAGCUUCUUGA